AUGACAGCCGCUCGGCGAAGAUGCCGCAGCAUCGGGCUGGCGCUCGUCGCCAUGACGGCUUCGAUCGGGCUCUGGCAGGUUGCCGACGUCGCCUUCGGUAUUUUCGUACGUGGACGUCACUUUAGCAAACAUCCGCCAGUCGCAUCACACAUAUCUAGCAGACUUCAGAGAUUCGUCACCAGAGCGAGCGCAGAUGACCUCUACCAGGAGGCCGUUGCGCUCAUGGAUCAGGGGAGGGCCCCACAAGAGAAGAUCUUGGAGGGGAUCCAGAAAGUCACCCAGGCCGGGAUGGAUGGGUCCAGAAUCGCGCAGUCGACGCUGGGUAUCUGGUAUUGGCAGGGUUCCGUUGGCUUGCCAGAGGACAAGACCUUGGCGAUCCAGUGGUGGGAGAAAGCGGCCGCCCAGGGGGACCCUGGUGCGAACUUCAAUCUCGGAUGGGCUAAGCUUCACGGCAUGGGUCUUCCACAGAACAAGUUCGAGGCUGCAAAGUCCUUCAGGGCUGCUGCUGAGCAAGGACACACACAGGGCAUGACGUAUUUGGCACAAAUGCUCCAUAGGGGCGACGGCAUCCCGCAAGACUCGCUGCUCGCUGCUGAGUGGAUGAUAAAAGCAGCGACAAGCCAGGGCCAGGACCUCACCGAGAUUAUGCAAAAAUUUGAGUCGAACGAGCUAACGCCGGAGCAGCGCAUACAGCUCUCGGAUAAGAUCUAUGACUUGCAAAUGAAGAACAGGGAGAAGAGUGUGAUCGUGUCCAAAGAUACAUCGAAACCAGUGGACGAAUGGGACGAUGAGCGUGGGCAGGUGUGA